AUGGCCGUCUCUAUUACUCGCAGCAUUGUUCUCAUCACUCUGCUUUGCAUCAUUGUUUCAUCAACCAUUGCAGAUGCUGCUGCUGCCCGUGGUAAAGGUAAAGGGGCGAAGCAUAACCAUUAUCGUCAAAUGGGGGCUCAGAAUGUGACUUAUGAUGGUAGGUCACUCUUUAUCAAUGGAAGACGUGAGCUUCUUUUCUCCGGUUCCAUCCAUUACACACGAAGCACCCCAGAUAUGUGGCCAGACCUUAUUGAAAAAGCAAUUCAUGGAGGUUUGAACGUGAUUCAAACUUACGUGUUCUGGAACGCUCAUGAGCCUGAGCAAGGCAAGUUCAACUUCGAGGGCAACUAUGAUCUGGUGAAGUUCAUUAAGCUCUGUCAACAGAAAGGAAUGUAUGUUACCCUCAGGGUUGGGCCUUUCAUCCAAGCAGAGUGGAAUCAUGGAGGACUUCCAUAUUGGCUAAGAGAGGUCCCUGGUGUCAUAUUCCGCUCUAACAAUGAACCCUACAAGGCACACAUGCAAGCAUUCGUGGCAAAGAUUAUACAAAUGAUGAAAGAUGAGAAGCUCUUUGCUCCCCAAGGAGGCCCUAUCAUCUUGUCUCAGAUUGAGAAUGAGUACAACCAUAUCCAACUUGCCUAUGAAGAGAAGGGAGACAGUUAUGUCCAAUGGGCCGCAAAUAUGGCAGUGGCAUUGAAUACUGGAGUCCCAUGGAUCAUGUGCAAGCAAAAGGACGCCCCUGAUCCCGUGAUCAACGCAUGCAAUGGAAGGCACUGUGGUGAUACCUUCUCAGGCCCAAACAAACCAUACAAGCCUCAACUAUGGACUGAGAACUGGACUGCUCAGUACAGAGUAUUUGGAGAUCCAGUAUCCCAGAGAUCCGCUGAAGAUAUUGCCUUCUCAAUUGCCCGCUUCUUCUCCAAGGAGGGAAAUUUGGUCAACUACUAUAUGUACCAUGGUGGCACAAAUUUUGGCAGAACAAGCGCUGCCUUUACCACAACCCGUUAUUACGAUGAGGCACCUCUUGAUGAAUUCGGUCUGCAGAGAGAACCAAAAUGGAGUCACCUGAGGGACGGCCACAAGGCUCUGCUCCUAUGUAGGAAGGCUCUACUCAGUGAUAAUCCCAAAGUUCAAAAGCUGAACAAUUUUCAUGAGAUUAGAGUCUUCGAGAGGCCUUCAUCUAAAAUAUGUGCUGCUUUCAUCACUAACAACCACACCACCUUGCCAGCCACCAUUAAUUUCAGAGGUGUAGACUACUUUUUGCCCCCACAUUCCAUUAGCAUCCUCCCUGAUUGCAAGACUGUGGUCUUCAACACUCAAAGUAUUGUUUCACAACACAAUUCAAGGAACUACAGGAGGUCAACCCGUGCAAACAAUCAUCACUGGGAGGUAUUUUCUGAGAGCAUUCCAACUACCAAGAAACUGCCACCAAAGGAGAAACUUCCUGCAGAGCUUUACGGUUUGCUUAAAGACACCACAGAUUAUGCAUGGUUCACCACCAGCUUCGAGUUGACUCAAGAAGACAUGGCAAUGAAGAAAGGGGUAUUCCCAGUUAUUCGCAUUAUGAGUCUUGGACAUUCACUGCUUGCAUUUGUAAAUGGAAAAUACAUUGGAUCUGAUCAUGGUACCCAUGAAGAGAAAUCUUUUGAGUUCGAGAAAGUUGUAAAGUUCUUCAAGGUCGGAACCAACAGUAUAUCCAUCUUGGGUGCUACAGUUGGAUUACCGGACAGUGGAGCAUACAUGGAACACAGAUACGCGGGACCCAAGUCCAUUCAUAUUCUUGGUCUCAACACUGGAACAAUUGAUCUGUCUCAGAACGGUUGGGGUCAUCAGGUUGCUCUCAAAGGUGAACAACUUGAAAUUUUCACUGAGGAAGGAUCAAACAAGGUGAAGUGGAGGCCAGUAAAUGGACCUGCAAGGCCUCUCUCCUGGUAUAGGACAAGAUUUGACACACCAGAGGGAAGGGAUCCUGUUGCCAUCAGGAUGAAUGGUAUGGGGAAAGGAAUGAUUUGGGUCAACGGUAAAAGCAUUGGUCGUCACUGGAUGAACUUCCUCUCUCCUCAAGGAAAGCCUACUCAGUCAGAGUACCAUAUCCCAAGAGCUUACCUCAACCAAAAAGACAAUUUCCUUGUUGUAUUGGAAGAGGAGAAUUUAAGUCCAGAAAAGGUUGAGAUCCUAACUGUUGACAGAGAUACAAUCUGCAGUUUCAUUGCAGAGAACGAUCCUGCCAAUGUGAAUUCAUGGGUAUCUAGUCACGGUCAGUUCCGUGCUGUUGUGGAUAAGGUUAAACCACAAGCUUCACUCAAGUGUGCUAACAGAAAAAAGAUUGUUGCUGUGGAGUUUGCAAGCUUUGGUAAUCCUUCAGGUUAUUGUGGAAGCUUUGCUUUGGGUAACUGCACUGCACCUGCUGCCAAGAAGAUUGUUGAGAAGCAAUGCUUGGGUAAAGAAGCUUGCUCGGUUGCAUUGGACCGUGCACUCUUCACAAAGAAAGGUGGUGAUGCUUGCCCAAGUUUGGUGAAGACACUUGCUAUCCAAGUCAGGUGUUCCUUCUAG